AUGGGAAGUUCCGAUUCCACCUUCGAAACCUUUUUCAAUGUUGUGAAUGGGGAAUGUCGUAGUGCAUUCAAAUUUAGAUAUGGAACUGAUCCAUCCACGGGAAAGAAGCUGUGGGAUUGGCCAGUGGCCACCACGAACGAUGUGGAGGAGGCUGUGCAAUCUGCGAAUGAUGCCUUCGAAGUCUGGUCGAGCACUCCGAUUGAAAAGAGGGUGGAGAAGAUCAGCCAGUGGAGGGAGUCUUACAAAGGAUACUGUGAGAAUUUCACCACACUUCUCAUGGCGGAAUGUGGUAAGACCCGCGCGUUGGCAGCUGGCGAGGCGAAUGAAGUGAUUUCGCUGUUUGACCAUCACCUGCAAUUGCGCAUUCCUGAAGAACGGAUCGAAGAUGACAAUCGCGUCAUCACGACACGUCAUGUUCCCGUGGGAGUAGUUGCUGCCAUCUGUCCCUGGAACUUUCCUGUCGUCUUAGCCAUGGGCAAGAUUCUUGCAGCAGUCUUGAGUGGUUGCUGCAUUAUUGUGAAACCUUCGCCAUUCACGCCUUACUCUGCACUGAAAUUAGUGGAGUUGGCGCAGCCUUUCUUCCCGCCUGGUGUGAUCCAGGUCCUUGGGGGUGAUGAUUCUCUUGGGCCUGCACUUGUGAGCCAUCCUAACAUCCACAAAAUCUCGUUCACUGGAUCCAGUGCCACUGGAAAGAAGAUCAUGCAGUCAGCUGCCGGUACGAUGAAGCGUGUGACUCUAGAACUUGGCGGUAAUGACCCGGCUAUUGUUUUCCCCAAUGUCGACAUCGAAAAGACAGCCUCAGAAGUUGUUCAAGGUUGUUUUGUGUUCUCUGGCCAAGUGUGUGUUGCUAUCAAGAGGGUGUAUGUGCACGAGGAUAUUUACCAGCCAUUCCUAGAUGCCAUGGUGAAGGCUGCAUCGAUGAUUCAGGUUGGCGAAGCCACAGAUAAGAGCACGACGAUGGGGCCUAUGCAGAACGAGAUGCAGCGUCAACGAGUACAAGAGCUUAUCGCUGAUACUGAAGCCAACGAUUACACCUUUGCACUACCACCAAGAUCUCUUGAGAGCAACUCUGGAUAUUUCCUCUCGCCAGCUAUCAUCGACAACCCUCCUGAGAAUUCGCGCGUCGUUGUCGAAGAGCAAUUUGGUUCGUAA